AUGCUUUGGUCUGGUGGUGCAGAAAAACUCUCUCUACAGUCGUGGAUACAGUGGAAAACAUCUUUCCAACAUCAAAUGACUCUCUUUCCUGUGUUAAACCCCUCUAUCGUGUUAUCUGAUACCCAUUGGAUUACGUUAUUCCGCCAAGCCCUUGGAUCAGAAGGACAACGUCAUUUUGACGCUAUGAACUUGAUGGCUAAGACCACUAUUGUGCACGUGAUCCAGUUGUUUGAGGAAUUGUGGGGAAUCCAACAAAGUGUGUUUUCCGCUCGUUAUCAGUUUUUCAAGCUACAGCAACGAUGCGGAGAAGGUGUAAAUGAUUUCAUUGCCCGCAUUCAUCAAGCUACACCGGAAUGCCGGUACAAUACCAUUCCCUCAAGUCGGUUUGAAGAAGUCAUGAAAAUCCAGUGCCUAAUUGGUGGAGUUACAGAUGAUGGUGCGAGGGAAAAAUUAUUGUCACAGGAGGAAGAAACCCUUUCCUGGGAAAUGGCGUGUAACCUUGUACGUCAAAGGGAAAACCUAAAAUCCCAACUAUCCACUUUCGACCCUCCUCAGCCUGUGGAAUGUGUAAACAAACUGUCACCACGGUUAUCCUUUGAAAACAGGGUACGGAAGUUCGUCUGCUACCGAUGCGGGGAUCAGCACACUUCUUCCACCCAGUGUCCUCAUACUCGCACAAAGUGCAUAAAUUGCGGAAAACUUGGCCACCUGGCACGUGUUUGCCGUUCCCCACGGUCACAAGUCUCGAUCAAAUCAUCGAACUCCGACGACGAUGAGUGCCCAGAUUCCCAGCUAAAUUUUAUGAACCAUAUAAUUUCAAACUGCUCAGUUAUGACGAAAGUGUCUCCAUAUAGGAUCAAGCUUCAUGUUAAUAACGAACCUGUUUUAUUUGAAUUGGACGCUGGUUCCGCGGUGACAUUGAUUAGUAAAAACGCGCUCUCAUCGUUACCCGACCUGGAACCGACUGAUACCGUUUUUAGAACCUAUACAGGAGAAGUGAUUGAUUUACUUGGGAAGUGUCAGGUACGAGUGCAGCAUCAGGGUAGAUCACACAGUCUGGUACUUCAUGUCGUGCCUCAGGCUCCAGUUAAUUUGCUUGGUCGCGAUUGGAUGAAAAUGUUACCACAAGUACUAAAUACUAUCCACUCCGUGGGGGAGGAUACCUUUGAAUCGGUCUUUAAACGAUAUCCAGAAGUGUUUGACGAACAGCAAUUGGGCAGACUCAAUAAUUUUAAAGCAAAAGUCCAUAUGUCAGACUCGAGUAAACCAAAAUUCUUUAAGGCCAGAACACUGCCCUAUUCCUUACGAUCUAGAGUGGAAGACGAGCUGAAAAGGCUUCAAAGAGAAGGUAUAAUUGUACCAGUCCAACAAGCUGAAUGGGCGGCCCCGAUAGUGCCUGUACUUAAGCCCGACGGUAACGUACGAAACUGUGGUGAUUAUAAGCUUACAGUAAAUCGAGGUGCCAUCAUAGACCGUUAUCGAUUACCGAAAACUGAGGAUUUGUAUGCCAACUUGUCUGGAGGAGUCAAGUUCACUAAAUUGGAUUUGAGUCACGCCUAUUCGCAGGUAGAGUUGGAUGAGACCUCCCGACGUCUUACGACGAUCAGUACACAUUUGGGGCUAUUCGAAUACACUAGACUGCCUUUCGGAAUUAACUCAGCGCCGGCGAUCUUCCAAAGGAUAAUUGACAAUAUCGUGCUUGACAUACCGAACACUUGCGCAUAUCUCGAUGAUAUCCUUAUCACGGGUCGCACAAAAAAGGAGCACUUGUACACGUUGGACCGGGUGUCGCAUAAACUCUCUGAACACUAUUUGCGUUUGAAACGCUCCAAAUGUGUUUUCCUAGUUGAUUCAGUUGACUACCUCGGUUAUAGACUGGACAAGCAUGGUUUACACGCGCGGAAAGAUAAAUUACAACCCAUUAUUUCUGCACCCUCACCUCGUAACGGAGUCCAGUUACGCUCGUUCGUUAGAAUGCUUUCACAUCAUCGUCGUUUCCCACCUAAUCUUGCUUCUGUUCUAGCACCAAUUCACAAAUUGCUGAAAAAAGAUUCUAAGUGGGCAUGGGACGAGGAAGAGCAACAAGCAUUGGACAGGGCAAAAGGUCUCCUUGAUUCUUCACCAGUCUUGGUACAUUACGACCCCAACAAAACCCUCAUCCUACAGUGUGCUGCUUCACCUUUUGGAGUCGGGGCAGUGCUGGGACAUAAAGUCCACGACGGAGCAGUUCGCCCUAUUGCUUUCGCGUCCCGCACAUUACAAUCUGCUGAGAAAAAUUACGCACAAUUAGACAAGGAAGCACUGGCCGUAGUAUUCGGAGUAAAGCGGUUCCAUCAGUACUUGUGGGGCAACCAGUUUGAGAUACAGACUGACCAUAAACCACUGUUAUCACUUCUCGGGAAGGAACGAGGCAUAGAACAACUUAACGCACCCCGAAUGGUACGCUGGGCCCUCCUACUUUCUGCUUACAAUUAUCGAAUCCGAUACAUUGCCGGUCCUCACAAUAAUGUCGCUGACGCGCUCAGUAGAUUGCCACAGAUUGACCAACAGGAGGAAAGAAGUGACGCGCCCUACGAGUUUGUUCAACUUUUGCAACCCCUGAAUACUACACCCAUAUCUGGCGACAUGGUUAGGAAAGCUACAGACAGAGAUCCCGUUCUAUCGACUGUGAAACGUAUGCUGCUGCGUGGCUGGGGUUCGCGAGCCCCUGGUGAUCUGCGUCCGUUUUUCAAUUGUAGAUUUGAGCUGAGCCUGCAUGAAGGAUGUAUCCUACGUGGAUCUCGCAUCGUUAUUCCAUUGACUCUCAGGUCAGCUGUACUGAAAGAAUUCCAUGAUGCACAUCCAAGUAUUGUCCGCAUGAAAGCCCUCGCCAGAUCCUACUGCUGGUGGCCAGCGAUUGACCGAGACAUCGAAGCACUUUUGAGUACUUGUAACACAUGCCAAAAAUAUCAAAGAGAUAAUCCAACAGGCCCAAUUCACCCUUGGCAGUUGCCCGACAGCCCAUGGGAACGUGUCCACGCCGAUUACUUUGGCCCGAUCGGAAGAAACAUGUUGCUACUUUUAGUAAUGGCGUACUCCAAAUGGAUUGAUGUACAUGUUUUUGCAAAAGCUACUGUAAAAGCUACAAUCAAUAACGUACGCUCUCUCCUAUCUACACAUAGCAUACCGAAAACAUUAGUCACUGACAACGGUCCGCAAUUUACGAGUGCAACGUUCAAAGAAUACCUGCAGAGCAACGGCGUUCAUCACAUGACUUCCGCACCGUACCAUCCAACGUCAAACGGUUUAGCUGAAAGAGCGGUCCAAACCGUGAAAGCUGGUCUUCUAAGGCAGCGUAAUGGCUCGUUACGAACCAAACUUGACCGAUUCUUGUUCGCAUAUCGGAUCACACUGCUAGAGUCUAUCGGAAAGAGCCCUGGGGAGGCAAUGUUUGGGCGUCGACUACGUACGAGGCUAGACCUACUUUUUCCAGACCCUCGUCAGACCAGGCGUUGCCAGCAACAACGUAUGCAUGAAAGUGAACGCGCACCAGUUAAGCCCCAGAAGUCGAUAGUGGAACGUGAUGUUUACACGAAACUACCACAUGAGCAGUUAUGGCAGCCUGACACCGUGCUUACGAGCCCAGAAACGGAGGCCUAA